AUAUUUUCGGGUCGUCUCUAGACAGCUGCUUGUCGCUUUUUGUUUCUCCGCCGUCUGCAAAUUCCCUGACUCUGUGCUUCUAAGUUUCAGUAAGAAAGUCACCUGCCUCCACCUUCCGACUUUGUCUUCCCAGCGCUGCGUCUUUACCCUCCAUCCCGUCCCACCAAAGUACACAUCCUUUUUUCAAAAAGGCAUAUGCACGAGCUCUCACUCCCUUUGACAGCGGAGCCCUUUCCACUUUCACAGUUUCUUCCCCGUGCCCGUUUCAGCGUCGGGCGGCUUUGUCUCCAGCGAUUUCCAACGGCAGAGUUGCAAAAGGGUUGUGCCUGAUUUCUCAAGAAAAACACUAGCUGUGCAGAUACUGGAAAACGCGCGUUUCGCAGGUUAUUUAGGGGUGUGUGAGAUCCUCGUAGGUUCGUGGCGCGCGACAGGACACACUAGAUGCACAAAAGCAUGUUCUUAUGUACCUCUGUGUUGAGCUGCCAACUUGGACAGGUGCAGCUGCUUUUCUCCGUUGCAUUUUCCUUCUUCAAGCGUAUGUUCACGGUCCCAGGUGCCAGAACGCCGUUGGUUGCAGGGGGGCUUUGCAUUCGCAACGGUUCGGUUGCAAGUUUCGAGCGCCUCGCCCCGAUGGAGGAAUGAUACAAACUGCCCGAAGGGACGGUUUCUUCAUUUUCUUCAACCUUUCCAGUUUUCCGCGAGACCAGAUUUGCUCAGCUUUUUACAGCGUUUGUUCGAGCGGCCCUGACUCGAUUUGUUUGGGCUUGCUUUCACGCCUUUCCCCCUUGUCUACUUUGAGACAAGUUCUCGAGGACGCUGCCUCUGUGCAGCAGCCAUAGAGUCUCGAACUGGGACAAAGCGUCAGGGAAGAGGGAAUUGGUUCUUCGGGGCUUUCUCGAGAAACUUGACAAUGAUGAGUCCUGAGAGUGGUGCCGGAGCGAGGGUGAGACCGCUGGCGUCUCCCUCGCCUGAAGGCUCCGAAAGUUCAUCUCGCCGCGCAUCCGCUUCCGUACCUGGCCCGCCGUCUCCAGGGUCGCCUACUUCUGCCGCUCCUCGCUCUGCAAGAUCUCGCGUCUCACCUCAGGCAGAUGACAAAGAAGCGGCGCCGGACUCCAGGAAAGACAAAGACACCGGAAAACAAGCCGAGCAGGAUCUCCAAGACGAAAGCCACAAAACGCUCACCUCCCAUGCAGCAGGCAGCAAAAGAGACCCUCCCAGAAGACAGCAAUCGGCGCUUUGGCGUCCUCAGAAUCCCUCCCUUUCUCCGUAUUCUUCUCACUUUGGAGGCGCGAGCUCGCUUGUUCCUUCUCCGCCUGCGUCGUCUUCGCGCUCCGCGUCUCCGGGGCGUUUGGCCUCGCCGUCUGCAUCUGGGGCGCCUUCCGCAUCUGGGGCGCCUUCUGCAUCUGGGGCGCCUUCUGCAUCUGGGGCGCGUCCCGACUCUCCCGCUGCCUCUGCUGAGAGUGCGUCUUCGUCGCUCUCUCCGUCAGCUGCGGCUGCAGUCCCUCCGUCGCCGGAUGCGUCCUCCACUCCCCUGACGUCUGCCUUUCUUGCUGACGCUCGACUGCGCCAGAGUCCGGCUGCCGGGCCUCGCACGCGGCCCAAGCAGCCAGGCGCUCCUCGACCUGAGACGCUUGCCUCGCGGCGCGCUCUGGCGGGCGCGGGGAAGGAGGGGAUCAAGUCGCAUCGACAAGCGCAUCCAGGCGGCCAGCUUGGGCGGAGUGGGACGGCUGCUUACUACGCUGGCGCGCCGCAUUCUUCGUCCAAGUUUUUGAAUAGCGUCAUUCAACAGGGCUGGCUGCAGAAGUGGACCAACCUCGUGUCGAGCUGGCGGCCCAGGUACUUCUACGUGAUGCCCGGACUCUUCAAGUAUUCUGUACAGAAAGGCGCCCCGCCGAAAGAAGUUUUCAUGCUCAACCAGUGCGUCAUUCGCCUCUGUCCUUACGACCCUGUGCGGUUCGAAGUGGAGGUCGUGGACCAGCAGACUCUGUAUCUGCGAACGGAGUCGCUAGAGGAGAAACAGCUGUGGUACGCCGCGUUCAAGCAGGCGCAGCGCGCUCUCCUGAACUGUACACGCCACCCCGCUCUUCCUCUCGCCUCCUUGUCUUCCUUCUCUGAGAAAGGCGGUCAGCGUUCUUCCCUGGGUCCCCAGACGGGUGCUCAAGGCGCUCCCGACCGGACUCCCUCUGGACCGCCGGGAGAACGACACCGAGCUGGCGCAGGCGAAUCCAGACCUUCCGACGCUCCGGCGAGGCAUGAGACGUCUCCGAGUGCUUCUCAGUCGACAGGGCCGCCGACCUCUUCUUCGCUGUCUUCUGUCGCGUCUGCGUCUCGGCCUUCGGCAGCUCCGUUCCUCCCUCACUCCGGGUCGCAAGAAUUAUCUCCCAGUGGCUCUUCUUCUUUUCUUUCGUCGUCCACAAGCAGCGUGGCUGGAGCGCUCGCCGGAGCGGUGGCUUCUGGGAUGAACUACGCGGCAGCCUAUGCCACCAGCAAGCUUCGAGGGUCCCUUUUGUCUUCCGCGCCUUCGCCGAGCUCUCCCGUCCCCGGCGGGCCUGGCUCGAGCGCUUCGGAGGGGACAGCUGCCUUGGCCUCCACGACCGCGAUUGGCGCCGCGGCAGGGACGGGCGGCGCAGGGAAUGCAUCCGGGCAGCUGUCUCCGUCCCUGCACUCUCUGGGCAGCGCAGGCUCUGCCUCGUUCGAGUGGCUUGGCAAAGAAGGAAGCCCUCUCGUUCUUCUUCUCGAAAAUGUCAUUGCUUCUCGCCAACAUGUCCAGAGCACAAGCGCCGAGAUUCGAGCGCUGCAGGCCGGGGCCCUCAAGGAGCUCGGCGCCAUUCUCAGCAGCGCCAGCGGCCCCGCCCCUGGGGGUCACGAGCUGAAGCGUCAGCUGGUCGCUCUGCUGCAGAAAAUCGACAGCUUGCAGAUGAUCGUGGAGAGGCACUUCAGCACCACAGAGGCGCUUCUUGCGGAAGAGAAUUCACAAAGGAGACAGCUCGAGAAGUCCCUUCGGUCAAUGGCUAAGCAAAACUACAAACUCGAGAAGACUCAGCAACGCAUGCUGGCUCUCGGCGCCUUGCCCGAUGGAGUCCAAGGCGCAGGCCCAGGCGCCGCCCCGGGCGCGGGCGUCUCCCCGCUGGCCCAAGGCGGGGCGCCUCCACGAGGAGGCCCCGGCGGCCCUUUGGAAACAGAUCACCAACUGUCAUCGAGCUCCGGAGAAGAAGAUGAUGAUGACGUCGAGUUCUUCGAAUGCGAAGACCAGGAGGCGUACGGCUCUCCCCAGGAUCUUCCACCGCCGCCUGCUGUUCCCGAGCGACCCGAGGGGCCAGGCUCUGCAGCGGCGGCUGCUUCCACCGUCUCUCCCAGUCCAACCGACGAACAGACGCUGAAACAGGGAGAACAGCCAUCGAAUGCACUGUUGCCGGCAAAGUCGCCUGCAUUCUACACUCUCUCCCUACUCUUCCCCUCCGACAUUCCUCCAGUCUUAAACUUCUUGGAAGCUAUAGCCGGGCGCCUGGGAGGCCCCAUGCCUCAGAGACGCACUGCCCUGUCGAAGCCGCGAACGGAAUUCAAGGUGGGCCUGUGGUCCAUUUUGAAGGAUUGCAUCGGCAAGGACUUGAGCCGCAUCAGCAUGCCUGUCUAUUUCAACGAACCAACUUCGUUCCUCCAGAGACUCCUGGAAGACUUCCAGUAUGCCGACCUUGUCCACGCGGCCCCUGUCUUCGCCGACACCGUCGACCGUCUUCUGCUUGUCACGGUCUUUGCGAUCACGCCUUACGCCUCUGCAACUGGCAGAACCUACAAACCGUUCAAUCCUCUUCUCGGAGAAACGUUCGAAUUCACACAUCGCGGCUACAACUUCAUAGCAGAGCAGGUGGGGCACCAUCCUCCGCGAACGGCGUACCAUGUAUCGAACGACCGGCUUUUGUGCUGGGGCGACGUCGUCGUGCGCAACAGGUUUACUGGCAAGUCCCUGGAGGUAACGACGCCCGGCACGGUGCACGUUGUCUUUCCAGGAGUUGACGACCAUUACACCUAUCGCCGCGUCAAGCUCCUCGUCCACAACGUCAUCUGGGGAAAACUCUGGGCGGAGGUGGACGGCACGACACUGGUUCAAAACCAGAAGAAGGGCGACUACAGCAUUGUUCAGUUCCUCCGCAAAGGCUGGCUGGACAAAUCGAUGCACAUGAUUCGGGCGAUCGUCUUCUCCGCUUCCGGCCGGCCCGUGUACCGCCUCUCAGGGAGCUGGUCGCAUGCAUUGUAUGUGGAGGAGUACGAGCAGGGUCGGUUGCUUCCGAACGCGCCGCCUCAAGUCCCAGGCUCUUCGAUGCGGGACUACUGGCGCUCUGAGGGUCCUCCGCCGUCCGACGGCCCAGAUAACAAACUCCAGCAUCUCAUUCAAGGAUUCUGGGACACCGUGCCUGUAAAGGAAGGCUCCCGGCGGUUGGUGUGGCGGCCAGCGGUUCGCCCUGCGCACUCAGACGCGUAUUACGGCUUUGGAUACCUGACGAUGGAGCUGAACGAAGUUACCGCCGAGUACAACCCCGAGAAAGGCGCCGUGGUGGCUCCCACCGAUUCGCGUUUCCGCCCCGAUCAGAAGCUCUAUGAAGAGGGGCGUGUGGAAGAAGCGAUUGAAGAGAAAACGCGCCUUGAAGAGAAACAGAGAAGCGCGGCUCGCCUGCGGCCCCGAGGCGAAGAUGACUAUGAUCCUCUCUGGUUCGCUAAAGGAGAAGACCCCAUCACUCACGAACCCGCUUGGAUCUACAAGGGAGGCUACUGGGAAGCGAAAGCGGAAGGCGGAUUCCCAGAUAGUCCAGACAUUUUCUAGGUUUACGGCCUUUUCCUUCGAGAACAGCCUCCGUUACAAACAGCAGGGUGCUGGAUCCACUUCAGGUUUUCUCCGGUUGUCUACGCUGAAAAAGUCCAAGAAAAGGACGUACUCCGUGCAGGCCCGCAGUGAAUUUUCAAACAUCACGGAGGGAAGGUAAACGAAUUCGGAUUACGACUCGAACAAGUCGUGCGAGCCGUUUCAAUCCGGUAGUGGCACAGACGACCGGUGUACAGACCGAUUAUGUGAGCAGAGAAGUGAGCGCGUAGAAUUUGCUGUUUCCAUCCUUUCCACGUUUUCAGUGAAGCGGCACUAGAGUCGAGGCCGGCGACUCAGUCCCUGUGGUGUUCCUGUUGCCAAGCGGUCUGCGGAUGUGUGGUCGCCUGGUGGGAACAUUGAGACAUUUCUUGGAUGAUUUUAUAUCUCGUGCAGUAUUUCUCAACUCGGUUGGCGCGAGACUUCGCUCAAUACCUCUGUUCGGAACAAGGUACACUGCUUUUCUGCUUAGAAGUAUUGUGUCACUAUGCGUCGUGUGGAUCUUUUUUUUGGUGAACCGGAUGUUGAGUCCAAGCUUUUAGAAGAUGUUUUCUCUAAGCGAGAGCAAACCUCCACUUUUCGCUGGUAUAAUCCGCUUGGGUAUACCAUAAAAGAUUCUGGA